ACUAAAGUUUCGGUCAUGUGAUUCCAGUCAGGACUAAAUUAGCGACCGCACUGUUUACCUUCCGCUGCAGACAGAAGUAUCAGAGGAAUGCUCGGCUUUCUCUAAACAUGUACUCUCACGGCUCAGAGAGUUUAAUUAAACAAGCAAGGGAGAUUCAGGAGUCUGAGCUGCUGAAGUUCUACAGCAGGUUAGUGAAGCUGCUCCAGGGGAAGGAGCUCGGCCAUGAGACGGUUGACUCCCUGCAGAGGCUCCACCUCAUCCUCUCUGCCAACAAGUACACCAGGACGUUGCCUCCAGAGCUCCUGAAGAGGGUUCAAUCGCUCCUCUCAUCGUCUGCAGAGCAGUUUCAGGUCCUGGGCUCAGCUGUGCUCAGAGAAACAGUGCCCCUCUCUGGUCAGGAAGUGAACUACAACCAGGAGAACAUCAGUCAACUGAACAGCCAUGCGUCUGCGCUGCUGCUCUCACAGGCUGGAUCCAGGGCUGAUCUGUCUUCUCUCUGCGCUCAGCUCCUUCGUAGUCUUGAAAGCCGACAAUCAGAAAGUCCGGCUCAGUCGUCCAAACACACCCUGCCGAUCCUCAACACCAUCCUCACACAUAGCCCCGAGUGCCUCACUGAAGAUCACAUAACCGCCCUGAGUAAGAAGCUUGUGGAUUGGUUGCGUUAUGCGAGCAUCACUCAGGUAGGCGGGGCUUCCUCUGGAGGAUUCUUCACAGGACCCAGGUCACGUCAGCCGGUGCCGACAGCAGAGCUGGACGGGACGGUGUCGGGGGAUUUCUUCACUGUGCUGUGUGUGGGUCAGGGCUUCACUGACGACCAGUGGAUGAACGUCUACUCCUUCUCCAUGCUCCGCCAUUGGCUCCUCACCUACCACUCUGUUUCAUGCGGCAACAGCACAAUUGACGCUGCAAACAGGCUGCAGCUCAGCCUCUCCCUCUCCCACUCCCACUCCUUUUCUAAUGAUGACCGGUCGGAGGUGGACGGAUCAGUGGUUUCCAUGGUUUCAGCGACUUCCUCCUCCAGCCGCCUGCUGCCUCCAAAGGAGCGUCUGAGAGAGAAGGCGUUCCAGUACUGCCAGCGCCUCAUCGAGCAGAGCGAUCGCAAGGCCCUCAAAAGGACAGAUACAGACCUGCAGAAAGCGUGUCUGGUGGAGGCGGUGUGCAUCCUGGACUGUGUGUGUGAGGAGGACGCCUCGCUGGUCUACAGAACGUUCCCGUGCAUUAAGGCGCUGUUUGGGCGGCUCAGCUCAGACCUGUCGUUUGCCAGAGUCCUGCUGCCCAUCGCUCAGUUCUACCUCAACCAUGGCGAGAUGGCUGCGGUGGACUGUGAGAGUGUGUGGAAGCUGGUGUUUGGCCAAUUCCCCGCCGAGUUGUUCAACGAUCACUUCCUGGCACACGAGCUUCUACGAUUUCUUCGCCGGAACCUCGAGAGCCUGCAGCUCCGAGUCCCACAGUACAUCCAGUCCUUCCCAAACCUGCUGAAGUUCUUAGCGUGGGACAGCCCAGCUGUGGUGGAUGACUUUGUGGAUCUGCUGCCCUCUCUGGUGACAGCUGGAACUGCAGUGGAGCUCCUCCACACGCUCCUCGACCUGCCCUGUCUGUCGGCCACACUGGUCCUGCAAGUCAGGUCGACUUGUCUGCCCAUCUCUGAGCCUGGUGGGCGAGGCCUCCUGUCACUUGAUGCUUUCAGAAGCCCAAAUUUCCGAGGGCUGUUCCUCUUCCUGCUUCGAGGGGAAGCAGGUUCAGGUGACACCAUUGACCGACUGAGCACGCUCCACGAGCUGCUAGCGGAGACUGCUGACUGGCCGAGAGUGGUCCAGUGUGCACAAACUGUCCCUGUGCUGUUGCACAUUUUUUUCAACACCGUCAUUACGGUGGCUGAUGAGAAGCUUUUAGCCCACCUGAUUCAGGUGAUGCUGGAGAGAAGUAGCCUCCUCCUCAACAUCCCCAAAUACAAUACAGAGAUACACAGGGUGUUCAGCUGCCACCUGCUGAGGCUGUGUAAGCUCCACCCGUCUCUGGUGGUGGACGAGUCUCACGAGCUGCUGGAGUUUGCUGGAACCACAGCCAACGUCUACAGCAAGGAAGAAAUCUACACACAUGUGGUGUGGGUGCUGGGGGAGUACCUCUCCGUGUCAUGUGACUCCCGCUGCUCCGUGAGCCUCAUCACUUCCUGUUUUGAGGCGUUGGAGGCGGUGCUGUUUGAGAUCACCUCGUCUCCUCCACCGCCUGGAGCAGACUGCCCCGCCCCCAGAGUCGUCACCACUUUAAUGAGCGCUCUGGCUAAACUGGCAUCUCGAUCACAUGACCUCAUACCCAGGGUGUCCCUGUUCCUCUCUAAGCUUCGAAAUGUAACCAGAAGCGGGUCAGUUGCCUGGUGCGCCGAUGAAGAGGACCUUGUUGCCAUAGUAAUGCGAGGCGAGGAGUUGUGGUCUUUGCUGAAGGCCCCCGGUGUGGCUCAGAGCGUCCUGACCCCACCCCCCCAUGUCACCACGCCCCAGUGGCACAGAGACACCAACGUGGCCAUGCCGCUUCGACUGCGAGCCCUUACGAACCUCACACACUCACAGUGACACACAUCAUCAUUUUAAAACUGCACUUGGAUAAUUAGUUCCAAAAGUGUCUUCUUUGAUUUUUUGCACGAUAUUUUUGUAAAUAAAUGACAUUAUUUGAUUGAAACUUGAUGUGAUGAAGCAUUUU